AUGAAUGUUUUGAAUGGUGUUUAUUGUGGAUUAUUUGGAAUAUCUCUCGGAUUGUUUUCGAUUCAAUUUUAUUAUAGAUAUCUAGUUUCUAUCGGUAGUCCGCGACUUAAAACAUUCCGAAAUUGGAAUAUAUGUUUAUGGAUGUUGAUUCCUUUCGCUGAUGGAGUUAUUUGGUUCUUAACCACUUAUUUUCUAGAUGCGCCAAGUGAUUCAAAAAACAAUCAUAUCAAAGAGUAUUUGGAAAGAACUAUCGAGAUAAAAAUAGAAAAUAUUGUAUACCUCGGUUCUUAUUUUUAUCCAAUCGAUGAAAAAACCGGAAAAAAUUGUAUUGAUUCAAAAUCUGCUUUUGCAGUUAUUAUAAUGAACUCAACAUUACUAAUAUCAUUCUCAAUCAUAAUAUACUUUGGCAUAAAAUGUUAUCGCUCUCUUCGGAAUAACAUGAGAAAAAUGACUUCGCAAAAAUACAAAGGAAUUCAAGUUCAACUAUUCUAUGCUUUAGUGUGUCAAACAACAAUUCCAGUACUACUUUUACAUCUUCCAGUUGUCACAACUUUUCUUUGCAUAGUUUUUGAUAAGGAUAUUGGAUUGAUGAGUGGAAUUGUCACUAUUUCAAUUGCACUUUAUCCAAUGAUCGAUCCAAUUCCCAACUUUUUUUUCAUAAAAAACUAUCGAAACGCAGUUUUUGGAAAGUUUUCUGAAAAAUUAAACAAAAACAAUUGUUUGUUUUUUACAGAAUUUCUAACAGAAUGCAGGGCCACCAAAUUGCGAAGAAAAAUCAACGCAACAAUGAGAAUGGUCAAUACUUAACUUUUUACUUAAUACUUAAUACUUAAGUCUUAACUUAUUUGAAAUUUAAUUUUAUAUUGAUAAACUGUUAAUAAAAAUCGAAUGUAAAAUAUUAUAAUCAAAAAAUGACAAGAAUAGUUGUCGAUGUUCACAUUGGCUGAGAAAAUGUCACAUUUUGGUAACCUUUAAAUCUUGCACAAAAUGUUCGUAUUUCGAGAAAUUUUCGGAUCUUUGUUUAAUAAUCGGUUCUUCUCAUAUUGAGCCCCAAAAAAUGUUCUGUAAGUUCACUAGUAGAUUUUACUGUAAAACCCACGGGAAAACUUACCAAGCAGAAAACAAGUUUUGUUUUUCAGUUUUUUUUUCUUUCGUUCAAAGAUGAAUGGAAAUUCUUGGAAUAUUUUCCAGCAUCGAACUCAAAUAAUAACCAGUAUUUAUGCUGUAAUUAUCAAUUUAAUUCUAAUAAUCCUGAUCCUGACAAAAUCUGCAAAAAGUCUUGGAGCCUAUAAAUAUUUAUUGUUGUACUCUGCAACAUUCGAAAUAGUUUACGCAGUUACCACAUUUUUUGUUGAGCCAAGUUUUUUUUGUUAUGGUUCUGCAUUUAUGCUUUUCAUUGAUACAAGAACCUCUUUAUUCACACCAAUGAUAAUGAAUAUUCUAAAUGGUGCCUACUGUGGAUUAUUUGGUGUCUCACUUGGAUUAUUUUCACUAUUGUUUUACUACAGAUAUCUUGUUUCUGCUGUUAGUCCACUUGUUGCAACAUUUCGUACAUGGAAAAUUUAUCUAUGGAUGUUGAUUCCAUUUUUGGAUGGUGUGAUUUGGUUUUUGACUAGUUAUUUUCUCGCUUAUCCAAGUAGUUUGAAAGACAAUCAUAUCAAAAGAUAUUUGGAAAUUCAUUUUGGAGUAAGAAUUGAGGAUGUUGUAUAUCUUGGUUCAUAUUUUUAUCCAGUUGAUGAAAAAACCGGCAGGAAUUUUAUUGAUCCAAAAUCUGUUCUUGUAUUUGUUAUUAUGAAUUCAACAUUGGUGGUUUCAUUGUCUAUCAUAAUAUAUUUUGGAACGAAAUGCUAUAAAAAUCUGCGAAGUGAUAUGAGAAGAACAAAAUCACGUAAAUUUAAAGGAAUACAAGCUCAAUUAUUUCUUGCUUUGGUGUUUCAAACAAUAAUUCCAGUGGUCCUUUUACAUAUUCCAGCUCUUACAAAUUUCAUUUGUAUUAUUUCUGACCAAGAUAUCGGAUUUAUAAAUGGAAUAGUCACUAUUUCAAUUGCACUUUAUCCGGUUGUCGAUCCAAUUCCCAACUUUUUCUUCAUAAAGAAUUUUCGAAAUACAAUUUUCAGUAAGUUAGGUAAUUCGAUGCUUAGAUUUAGAUGUUUUUACAGAGUUCAUUACUGGAUGCUGCUUCACAAAAUUGCAGAGAAAUAUUAGAUCUGCCAUACAAAUAAUCAAUUCAUAA